AUGAAACAAGAUGCAUUUCCAAUUGGUGAUACCAGAAAUGUUGCUCUCCGCAAAUUCCAUCAACUCGAACGCCGAUUGCAGCGAGACACAGAAUUGAGGCAAAAAUACGUUGACUUCAUGAGAGAAUACGAGCAGCUCGGUCAUAUGAUGCCAGCGACACGACCACCAAAAGCAGGAUACACUGUCUAUAUACCUCAUCACGCAGUUACAAAAAAAUUUCGUGUAGUUUAUGAUGCAUCCGUUUUAAAUGUAAAUGGAAUUUCGUUCAAUAAAUUACAAAUGAUUGGUCCAAAAUUGCAGUUGGACCUUCAAGAUCAACUAUUGUGUUUUCGUUUAAAUAAAAUAGGUUUUACAGCGGAUGUAGCCAAAAUGUUUAGGCAAGUAUUAGUGGACGAGUCGCAAUGGGAUUUACAGCGUAUUUUCUGGAGAGAGGCUCCAAACGAACAUCUGCGCGAAUAUUGGCUGAAGACAGUCACGUACGGUGAAGCCUCAUCAUUGCAUAAUGCAGUCAGAGCAAUGGUGCAGUGCGCGCGUGACAUGGCAGAAUUCGAACCAGUAGCCUCGAAGGCCAUCGAGAAACACUUUUACAUCGAUGACGGGCUACUGGGGGCAGCAGACAUUUCGUCAGCUAUCCAAUUAGCGCAACAAAUCGACAAUGUUUUGAAGCAGGGCGGAUUUGUUUUAAGGCAUUGGGCUUCAAAUGACAGUAAGUUGGUAAGAGCUAUGACGAAUGAGCAAAACGCAGAAGUCGUUGACUUAAACGAAAAUGCUGAAACGAAAGUUUUGGGUUUACGCUGGCUGACUAAAACUGACGAAUUGACAAUUGUCGUAAACACUGAAGGUGUAGCCGAAGCACGAACGAAAAGACGAAUGUUGUCACACAUUGCUGGCCUUUAUGAUCCAAAUGGGUUCAUAUCACCAGUGGUGAUGGUAGCCAAAAUCAUUAUGCAGGAUUUAUGGCGGCAUCCUGAUUUAGAUUGGGAUAAAACAUUACCUGAAUCUUGUUUGCGGCGCUGGAAGACAUUUUGCGAAGGAUUAGAAAUGCUGAAAUCCUUUCGUGUACCACGUUGGGUAGGCAUUCAUCCCAAGUGCAUAGUACAAUUACACGGGUUUGCUGAUGCCAGCAUUAAGGGUUAUGGUGCGAACAUAUAUGUACGGACAAUUGACACAUCAGGUGAAAUUGACUGCAGACUAUUUUGUGCAAAGUCUAGAGUAGCACCAUUAAAGCCUAUGACCAUACCUCGGCUUGAACUUUCGGCAGUCGUACUUUUGAGCGAUUUAAUGAAAAGAGUUCUGCAGAUCUGUGAAUUCGCUGACGUGAGAUAUUUCAUGUAUACCGACUCAGCGAUUGUGUUAUACUGGCUGCAAAAAACAUCGCUCGAGCUGAAAACAUACGUCGCAAAUAGAGUGAAUCACAUUCAUGAGCAGACAAAAAGGCAUGUCUGGCAUCACGUCGCUUCAAAUGACAACCCGGCAGACCUUAUUAGCAGAGGUGCAUCGCCGAAAGACAUUUUGAGUAAACCAUUAUGGCUGAACGGACCGUUUUGGUUGAGACAACCAGAAUCAAGCUGGCCGGAGCAGAAAGUGGUAAUCACAUCUCAACACAAAGAACAAAUCGAUGCAGAGUGCAGAGAAUUGUCGGGUGAUAAGUUUUGUGUGUCACGCAUUAUGUUUAGAGGUGGAGAUGAUACACUCUUAAAUUCGAUUUCUAGCUGGCGGAAGUUAGUGCGUGUAACUGGAUACGUACUGCGAUUAAUUCAAAAUAUGCGAGUGAAAGUCACGAACAAAAGAAGUAAAAAAGCAGAUCAACGUAAAGUUAUAGCUGGCCGAUAUAUACGCGUUCAUGAAUUAGAAAAGGCUGCUAAUUUUUGGAUAAAGCUUGAGCAGGCUGAACAUUAUCAAAAAGAAAUAAGAUGCAUUGCAUCGGGCGAUGAUAAGCUGCCGACAAAUAGCAAGAUCGCUGCAUUGCACCCAUUUCUGGAUGAGAAUGGAGUGCUGCGUGGACGUGGUCGGAUUGGAAAGGCUAAAGCUGAAUAUAGCCGAAUACAUCCGGUCAUCGUACCACCCAAUUCAAAGGCAUGCAGCAUGAUCUUACAGCAGGCGCAUGAAGAUACGUUACAUGGCGGUGUACAACUAAUGAUGAUUUACAUUCGAAACCAUUAUUGGAUCCCACGAUUGCGGGCUGAAUUAAGGUUAAUUGUACGCAAAUGUGUCACAUGUGUUCGACAGGCAGGCGAAACAUCGCAGCAAAUUAUGGCUGAUUUGCCGAUGGAAAGGUUGAUACCUGCACGCCCAUUUGUGAAAUGUGGUGUUGACUUAGCUGGACCUUUUAAUAUAAGGCUGACCGACAGAAGGUAUAUGGCCACUAGAGGCAGAGCACAUUUAGACAUGGAUUUAAAAGGCUAUGUGGUCGUUUUUGUGUGUCUCGUCACACGCGCUGUACACCUUGAACCGGUAAUGGCUUAUAAUGCAGAAGCUUUUAUCAAUGCAUACAAACGUUUCGUUUCAAGAAGAGGCACAAGCGAGUUAAUGUACAGUGACAGAGGAACAAACCUUGUGCGGGCCGACAAGGAUCUGCAGACAGCAGUCGAAUCAUGGACUUCUACUGAAGUUCAAGACUACGUCAAUUGGAAUGGCACAAAUUGGAAAUUCAUUACACCUUCAGCACCUCACCAAGGCGGGCUGUGGGAGGCGGCUGUAAAACAGAUGAAACAUCACAUGAAGCGGAUCAUUGGUACUGAGAAAUACAGUUAUGAAGCAAUAUCCACAUUAUUAGCUGAAAUAGAAGCAUGCAUGAAUAGCCGGCCGAUUUGUGCAAUGUCCGAUGAUCCCGAUGAUUUGACAGCGCUGACACCAUCCCAUUUCCUCAUCGGAGAACCAAUAAAAUUGCCAUUACCAUCAAGACAUGAUUUGACGCCUAAAAUGGCAGUAGGAUUAUUCAAGGAACUGCAGUCCCGAACCAAUUCUUUUUGGCAGAGAUGGUCCGAGGAAUAUCUCUCAACUUUAAUGGAAAGGCCGAAGUGGAGAGAAGAGCAGAAAAACUUAAGACCAGGGCAAUUGGUUUUAAUUAAAAACGAAAAUCUGGCACCCACCUAUUGGCCAAUGGGCCGCAUUUUGCAGACCAAGAAGAGCGAUGAUGGCUGUGUUCGUUCGGUAAAGGUGAAAACACACAAUGGCGCAUUAGAAAGGCCAGUGCAGAAAUUAGUGGUGUUGCCAGUUGAUGAAGAACUUGAAGACUAUGGUUGA